UUCCCUUAUUCCGACUACCGAGAUUAUAUAUUCUCAGGGAGGACGAAUUCGGCGAGUCGCUCCUUGUCCUUUCGGUGUGCCUAACGUGCUUUUUUACUCUAUUUCAAAGAUGAAUUACUUACUUCACGUCUUGCUACUUCUGGGUUUGAUCGGUGUCUCCAAAGCCCACCAUUUCAUCAAGCUGGUCAUUUUGGCCGGCUUGGGGCUGGCGGGGCUGUGGAUGGUGCACACCCUCGCCCAGGACUACGGCAAUCUGACGCAUGGGGGCGGCGGAGGCGGCGGCAAAGCCUUCGAGAAGCGCUCGAUCGAUACUCACCGUGGGAUAAACUGGGAGUUCGUGUUAUCUAGAGACCCUGCAAGGUGUGCCAGGAGUUUCAUUUGCCAGUUGGCGGCGCAGGAUGAGGACCAGCUCGAUGAAGUCGGACAAAAUAUCCUCCGAUUAACUCGAUUAUCGGCUCAGCAAAACUCAUGGGCGAGCAAGCAACUGCUCGAGGCUCUAAAGCACGGAAAAAAUGCGCUCAAUCCCAGCCAGUGCAUGAAAAUCUACAAAUUCUGUCCCUACUCUAGUCAAACGAUGACGACUCUCUUAAAACUCUUUGGCGGUUAAAACCUGUUGAUUUUUUUAGUCAUAGGUAGCACUUUUCAAUUGUUGUUAAUUUGUUAUUUACUACUAAGGGAGCAUAGAAUAGUGAAAUAAAAGUAACAUUUGUUUGCAAUAUGUAAUCCAGUCAUACAUAAAUAGUCAAAUAAAUAAUUCCGAACACCGCAA